GUUCACAACCAUAUAAAAUAGAUAAGAGUUAUUUGUUCGGCGGAAAGGAGUAUUAGGGUUUGCAAAUGGAUUCGCCGUUAACAAAGAAAAGUGAAGUUAUGGAUAUGCCGAUCUACCUACAGUUUAUCGACGGUGAGGUUAAAGAUCCUCAUCAUCGUUGGUUUGUGAUCGAGGAGAAAAGUGGUGUCGAUAAAGGAACAGAUGAUGAGUUGAGGCCGGAACUCUGGAUCCAUAAAAGUGAGCAAGAUAGAGUCAGAGUUGUCAAGCUUCCCAACAUAGGGUAUGCUACCGCUGCGGCCCCUUUUCUAGUCGCCAAAUCCCGUCUAUUCUUCGUCGGUGGCGUUACUGUAAGAGGAGGAUGGGACGGCAAAGUCGAUAACAACGGAAUCCUCUACAUUGACUUGCAGCAGCGGAGCCCCAUCUCUUGGUCGAGAUUCGCAACUCGAAAUUUCAAAUAUGUGAGAACGGCGGUGGUUUCCGAUGACGGCGAUUGGAUCUACUUGUUGACGACGGCAGAUAGAGUGCUCCGCUUCAACUGCCACCACUUGGAAGACAAACCGGAAGCCUUUCCCCUCCCAUUCACUGGGCGGCCAAUUGCGUCAACUGGGUCCAAGAUGCUCCUGUAUAAUCCUGCUCGGGAGGCCAAGCCGGGUCUGUUGGGCUUCUGUCAUUUGGAAUCUCGCUCUUGGGAGGAGAUAUGUAGUUUUCCCGUUGACAAGGAUCCCUUCACAUGCUGGCGCUUCCCUAAGUGGUCUGCCACCGUUGUGCUGGCGCAAGACUUUGUGAUAGACUUUGGAAGUUUCCAUCCCAGGACUGGGAUGUAUGAACCGGCUUUGUAUGUUUUUGAUAUCCGUAACAAUGUAUGGCUCCCCGAACCAGUUCAGGGACUCUCAAACGAUGGCAUCGUCCUUCCCGACCCCGACGUGAAGAGUCAAUGGCUUAUCUCUUACACAGCGCUGAUGCAAGUCAGGAGAGAUGAACUCAAGUUUGCUUUGGUUUGGUCCAAACUCUGUAACGCCGACGAUGAUCAGACUGAAGUUCAUUGGUCUAAGUUCAUACUCCACAUCCAAAAUAAUGAUGAUCAAGACGUUUCCCUGCCCUUCCAAGCUGUUGACUUGUCUUAUGGAAUCUGUUAUGGUGGCAAUACUCAUUUGAUCAAGAGCACCGUUGGAUGAUAAGAGUGUUACUGCUGGAUGGCCAGGUUUAUCACAAGUUGUCUUUCAUGGCUGUCCGAUAUGUUGCAGUGGAGGGGAUUUUUCAGCUUCACAAGUUGCAUUUGAAAUGUCUAUGUGAAGUGUCAAGCAGCUCUAGUUUGAUUCCGUGGCUUUCUUUUUUUACAGUAUAUUAUUCCUUUUUGUAUUCCGAUGAUCGUGUGUAUGUGAUGCAAAGGUGGGAAGCGACUUGUUUCAUGCUUUCUUUCUUAGACAUUUUACCAUGAUGUUAUGGGAGGGUAUCACAUCUCAUCCAGAUAGUGUCCUACUGUGUUAGUAUAUCAAGUGACUUGCUAGGCUAAUGGCUAUAUAUUCGCCUCUACUCUAUUCUAAUCUUUGCCUUAUAAAUCGGUACAUC